UCUGGCUCCCGUCAUGUCGACAUGGCGUAGGGAUGUGGACGCUGCGUGGGCUGCCGCCGCCGCCGCCGUGCUAGAAGAGGGAAAAGUUGUCCGCUGCGGAGUUUCGGCAGUUAUUUCUUCGGCGUUUUGACGACCCGCGUUUGGUAUUUUCCUCACAAAAGUUUGGGUCUCUGAGUGACUGAAGAUGAUGUCAGACGCCAGUGACAUGUUGGCAGCUGCCCUGGAGCAGAUGGAUGGCAUUAUAGCUGGCUCCAAAUCUUUGGACUACUCCAACGGGUUGUUUGACUGUCAGUCGCCCACCUCUCCUUUCAUGGGAAGCCUACGAGCACUGCAUCUGCUAGAGGACCUGAGGAGUGUGCUAGAGCUGAUGGACACUGAGGAGAGAGAGGGUCUCCGCUGCCAGAUCCCCGACUCCACCGCCGAUAGCCUGGUUGAGUGGCUCCAGGGGCACCUGUCCAACGGGCACAUCUCUUUAAGCGGGGGUGACCACUACCAGGAAAGGCUUACUAGACUGGAGAGUGACAAAGAGUCUCUGGUGCUUCAGGUGAGUGUACUGACAGACCAGGUGGAGGCUCAGGGGGAGAAGAUCAGGGACCUGGACAUUUGUCUCGAUGAACACAGGGAGAAACUCAACGCCACUGAGGAGAUGUUGCAGCAGGAGCUGCUGUGCAGAACAGCGCUGGAGACCCAGAAGUUGGACCUGAUGUCUGAGGUGUCCAACCUGAAGUUGAAGCUGAAUGUCAUGGAGAAGGAGAGACUGGACUUUGAUGAAAGGUCUAGAGACAGUGAAGAUUUGCUUCUUGAACUAAACGAGCUGCGGUACAGGCUGACGGAGAUGGAGAGUGAACGACUACAGUAUGAAAAGAAACUCAAGUCCACCAAGGAGGAGCUAGCCACAUUGAGGGUGCAGCUGAUGGGCAGGGAAGGAGAGCUUGGGAGACCCCAGGAUGAGACGGGGUUCAAAACUAUGGCCUCCAGCAGCAUGGAGUCUACAGAGAGAGUCUCUCAUCCAGAUGAAACUCUUAGAAAGAGGCUGAAAGAGAAACAUGUGGAAGUGCAGAGGAUGAAAAAGGCAGUUGAAUCAUUGAUGGCAGCCAAUGAAGAAAAGGAUCGUAAGAUUGAAGAACUUAAGCAGUCUUUGCUGCGAUAUAAGAAAGUCCAGGACAUGGUGAUGUCAGUGCAAGGGAAGAAAGAGAAACCCAGAGAUGGAGAAAGGGAUGAGAGUCACGCUGACUUGACAACCCUUCCUGUUGCCAUGGAGUGUGAACAACACGGAGUCACAGGUGUUGAAGAUGUGAGAGAGAAGAGCCCCGAUGAGUUGGAAAGCCAUAAUGGAGUGGCUGAAAUCCCAUUGUCAAAUCCAAGCCCUGCUGACAAGUCAGCUUGUGAUCCAGAAAGAGUAUUGGAGCUGGCAUCGACAGAUGUAGAAAGUCAUACAGAAUGUGAGGAAGCAUCCCAGGAGCUCCCAUUAAGUUACACACAAGACACUCCAGAUACCACCAAGUCUGGCAGCCAGGACCACUUGGAUGGCAAAAACAGUGAAAAGAAUAAUGCAAAUGAAGAAACUGUUAAGGUUAGCGAAAAACCACCCAAGUGUCCAUCUGCCACACUGCCAGCCAGCACAGAGGAGGAAAGUUUUGGCACAAGGAAGGCCCGCUCCUCCUUCGGGAAGGGCUUCUUCAAGAUUCGAGGAGGGAAGAGGACAGCCAGCACCCCCAACCUGGACCGCAGCCGGAGUGCGAGUGCACCUAUGCUAGCUGAAACAGAACGACAGGGCACAGACCAUCUGGAUUUGGCCGGGUUGCCUCAGAGGUCAGCCAACAGCGACAGCACCAACACGCUCUCUACCACUUCGGAGGGCAAAAAGAAGUCAAAGGGAAUCAUGAAGCUCUUUGGGAAGCUCAGGAGGAGUCAGUCUACCACAUUUAACCUGGAUGACAACCUGUCAGAGGGGGAGUUCAGGAGGGGGGGAGUGCGAGCCACAGCAGGCCCCAGGCUGGGUUGGUCUCGUGACCUUCAACGUGCCAACAAUGACCUGGAUGCUCCUUUUGCACGUUGGUCAAAAGAUAAGGUGUGUGACUGGCUGCAGGAGCAGGGUCUGAGUCUGUACCUGAACAUGGCACGGGGAUGGAUCUCCUCUGGACAGACGCUGCUACAGGCCUCACAGCAAGACCUGGAGAGGGAACUUGGUGUCAAGCACCCACUGCACAGAAAGAAGCUGCAGCUGGCUCUGCAGGCGCUUGGCUCGGAGGAGGAGGACAACAAGGGCAAGCUAGACUACAACUGGGUGACUCGAUGGUUAGACGACAUUGGCCUGCCUCAGUAUAAAACCCAGUUUGAUGAGGGCAGGGUGGAUGGUCGCAUGAUACACUACAUGACCGUGGAUGACCUGCUUUCUCUGAAGGUCGGAAGUGUCCUGCAUCAUCUCAGUAUCAAGAGAGCAAUUCAGGUGCUGCGACUCAACAACUAUGAACCCAACUGCUUGCGACGGCGACCCUCUGACGAGAACAACAUCACACCUGCAGAGAUCUCACAAUGGACCAACCACAGGGUGAUGGAGUGGCUGCGAUCUGUGGACUUGGCAGAGUACGCCCCAAACCUGAGAGGCAGUGGUGUGCACGGGGGCCUGAUGGUCCUGGAGCCGCGGUUCAAUGUGGAGACCAUGGCUUUACUGCUGAACAUCCCCCCCAACAAGACUCUGCUGCGUCGCCACCUUGCCACCCACUUCAAUCUGCUGAUUGGUUCAGAGGCCCAGCAGCUGAAACAGGAGUGUCUGGAGAACCCAGACUACACCCUGCUAACAGCCACUGCUAAGGUCAAGCCAAAGAAGCUGACGUUUGGUAGCUUUGGCGGUCUGAGGAAGAAGAGGCAGGAUGAGAGUGAGGAGUAUGUGUGUCCCAUGGAUGUGGAGAUGCCAAAGGGGCGCAGCUUCCAGAAGGGCUUUGGAAUGGAGCUACAAAUCUAUGAAGAUGACCUGGACCGGCUGGAACAGAUGGAGGACUCUGAGGGAACAGUGAGACAGAUCGGGGCUUUUUCUGAGGGUAUCCAAAACUUAACGAGCAUGCUGAAAGAUGAUGAGUUCUUCAAAGAGAUCUCACAUUCUCCCAACCCCAGUGUAACGGACGAGGAUUCAAACGCGUGAGCUUCUCCUAUGCCAUUCUGCCCGUUAGUGCCGCAGUGAAUAAAAUGACGUGCCAACCCUCUCCACCAGCAGCGGCAGACUUGUCCCACCUCACCCCAAGAGCACAGCUCUGUCCUUAGUGUUCCCUUAAGAUGAGCCAAACGUGUUAGAAAAUGACUUCUUUUUUUUUCUUUAUAAUUCAGACACAGUUGUGUAAGUCUGCACUACAGCAGCGACUGUUAUUCCUGAAAUGUCACUCCAUUUCAACUGUCCCCUGGCAAAGGGAAGGAAAUUUAGGGCAAAACCACUGUUUGCCUGCCAGCUGGUUACUGGAGACAUUUUAUACUCCUCAUCGCAAUACUGAGCAUCUUUCUGCCUUUUGAAUUUAGCUGAGACACCACCCAACAGAAAAACUGCUGCUGGAUGAUGCUGUUGAAGAGUUAAUAUAUGUCUGUCAGAACUGCCCUUUCAUCCUCUAGAUGACUGUAUGAAUAUUGGAACCAAGAAAUGCAACGUAAGCAGAUGUCAUGUGCUAAAACAGCUGCUAUGUUUUCUAACGAACCUGUGUGUAAGCCCUUCUGAUUUCAACAUAAAGUGUCUUUAUAUUUUUUACACUAUUGCAAACACAUUGGAGUUAUUCACCCCAGUAAUAUUGUUUUUAUUCAUGUGCAUCAGGUUGUGUAGCACAGUACAAAGGCUGCAGAAUAUCGUUCAUUACAUGUCGUUACAUCUUAUUGAAAUCCAAAAUGUUAAUGGGAGCUAAGAGCUGCUCACUUAUUAUACUUCGCAAACAACAGAUUAAUAAUAAAAAUCCCGAUGGCUUACAAGUUUUUGGAAUAAUGUUUUAGGAGAAUGAGAGAUUAACACAACAUAAGUCUUGUAGUAAUGAUAUUGUUACAGAGUCCUUAAGAAAAAGAAAAGUUGUACUGUGUACUUUUUACGUUUAUCCGUUCUCAAGGUCAAUAAAGUAAUUUAAAUGA